CCAAAAAAUGUUCCAUCUUAUCUUCAGCGAAAACCCUAAUCUGAUAAACCCUAUUGCGAAUUUGAAUUCUAUGUUCACAAGAUGGACGUAAUUGGCUACUGAUUCAGCAUAAUUUGAUCUGAAAUCAUAGUCCAACAAACCUUUGAAACUGCAGUUUUGCUCCAAAUAUGACUACCAUUGAUACUCUUUUGUCUGCUAGAGUUUGCCUCGUCGGAUCGUACCGGAGAGGCCCCAAAUCCUUUAACUUCAGUCGAAAGCUCCGAACAGAUGCACCAUUUCUUCGCCGAUCGUUGAAAGUGCUAUGCGUGUCCUCAUCACAAGCUGGGGACUCUAAAGAAGCGUCCGGUGACGAUUUUAUAACUAGGGUGUUGAAGGAAAACCCUAGCCAGGUUGAGCCCAGGUUUUUAAUUGGGGACAAGCUUUAUACUUUGAAGGAGAAAGAGAAUUUAAGAAAGAAUGCCGAGGUGGGGAUUAUUGAAAGUUUGGCAAACAAAUGGAAUUUGAAAGCAAAGUUGAAGAGAGAGAGCAACGAGAGUGGGAAUGGCAUUGAAUCGGUCUAUUUGAAGGAUAUUUUGAGGGAAUAUAAGGGGAAGCUUUAUGUCCCAGAGCAAAUUUUCGGUGCAGACCUGUCAGAAGAGGAGCAAUUUGAUAAGAACUUUGAGGAAUUGCCGAGAAUGAGCUUCGAUGAUUUUCAAAGGGCCAUGGAGAGAGAUAAGGUCAAGUUGUUGACCUCCAUGGAGAAAGUUACUGGUGGAUCUCUAUAUGGUUAUAGGGAUUUCAUUGUGGAUUUGAAAGAAAUCCCAGGCGAGAAGCGCUUGCAAAGAACUAAAUGGGCAAUGAGGCUAGAUGAGAAUGAAGCAGGAGUGCUAUUGAAGGAGUACAAGGGUCCAAGAUAUGAAAUAGAGCAACACUUGACGUCUUCAGUGGGAAAAUUACCAGAGUAUCCUCAUCCGGCAGCAUCUUCCAUAUCCAGCAGAGUGAUGGCAGAGCUUGGAAUGGUGACAGCUUCGAUGGUUGCAGCAGCAGCAGUAGUUGGAGGGUUUUUUGCUUCAGCACUUUUUGCUGUUACAAGUUUUGUCUUUGUAGCAACUGUAUAUGUUGUGUGGCCUAUAGUCAAACCAUUUUUUAAGCUUCUUCUUGGAGUCAUCUUGGGUAUUCUAGAGAGCGUUUGGGAUAAUAUUGUUGAUGUUUUUAGUGAUGGAGGGAUUUUCUCUAAAUUGAAUGAAUAUUACACUUUUGGUGGUGUAUCUGCCAGCCUUGAGGCGCUAAAGCCGAUCAUGAUUGUCCUUGUCACCAUGGUCCUUCUUGUCCGAUUUACAAUUUCAAGAAGACCUAAGAAUUUUAGGAAAUGGGAUAUAUGGCAAGGGAUUGAUUUUUCACGGUCUAAAGCAGAAGCUCGUGUUGAUGGUUCUACAGGAGUUAAAUUUGGUGAUGUUGCUGGGAUUGAUGAAGCAGUAGAGGAACUUCAAGAGUUGGUCAGAUAUUUGAAGAAUCCUGAACUUUUUGAUAAAAUGGGGAUAAAGCCUCCACAUGGGGUUCUUCUAGAGGGUCCUCCUGGAUGUGGCAAGACCCUGGUUGCCAAGGCCAUUGCUGGUGAAGCUGGGGUUCCAUUCUAUCAAAUGGCUGGUUCCGAAUUUGUUGAAGUUUUAGUAGGUGUUGGUUCUGCUCGUAUCCGGGAUCUGUUUAUGAGAGCUAAGGUUAACAAACCAUCAGUUAUAUUCAUUGAUGAAAUUGAUGCAUUGGCCACUAGACGUCAAGGAAUUUUCAAGGAGUCUACUGAAAACCUGUACAAUGCAGCCACUCAAGAGAGGGAAACUACAUUGAACCAGCUCUUGAUAGAGCUUGAUGGAUUUGAUACUGGUAAAGGCGUUAUAUUUUUAGGUGCUACAAACCGAAGGGAUUUGUUAGAUCCUGCACUUCUCCGACCUGGUCGUUUUGACCGAAAGAUAAGAAUCUGCGCUCCUAAUGCCAAAGGGAGAUUGGGAAUUCUGAAAAUUCACGCAAGCAAAGUGAAGAUGUCUCAGUCUGUUGAUUUAUCUGCUUAUGCCAACAAUUUACCUGGAUGGACAGGAGCAAAAUUGGCUCAGUUGGUCCAGGAGGCUGCUCUUGUAGCUGUCAGGAGAGGGCAUGAGUCAAUUCUUCAGUCAGACAUGGAUGAUGCAGUGGACCGACUUACUGUAGGACCCAAACGUGUUGGAUUUGAGUUGGGACAUCAGGGGCAAUCUCGUAGAGCUACUACUGAAGUGGGAGUUGCGAUAACUUCUCAUCUUCUCCGACGAUGUGAAAAUGCAAAAGUUGAAUCCUGUGAUCGUAUUUCAAUUGUCCCUCGCGGUCAGACAUUAUCACAAUUGGUAUUUCACCGGCUUGAUGAUGAAUCGUACAUGUUUGAGCGCCGACCCCAAUUGUUGCAUCGCCUUCAGGUUCUUCUUGGAGGGAGGGCUGCUGAAGAGGUCAUUUAUGGAAGGGACACAUCCAAAGCAUCAGUUGACUACCUGGCAGAUGCUUCUUGGCUUGCUCGUAAAAUUUUAACCAUAUGGAAUUUGGAGAAUCCGAUGGUCAUACAUGGAGAACCACCUCCUUGGAGAAAGCAAGUUAAGUUUGUGGGACCACGGCUGGACUUUGAAGGAUCGCUCUACGAUGACUAUGGACUAAUUGAACCCCCUGUCAACUUCGAUUUGGAUGACCAAGUUGCGCAGAGGACUGAAGAACUAAUAAGCAAUAUGUAUGACAAGACGGUUGCUUUGCUUAGGAGGCACCAUGCAGCUUUGCUCAAAGCUGUGAAGGUUCUUCUCAAUCAAACUGAAAUCAGUGGGGAAGAGAUUGACUUCAUUCUGAACAACUACCCGCCGCAAACACCCUUGAGCCUUCUUUUCAAAGAAGAAGAUCCCGGAACACUUCCUCUCUUCAGAAGAGAUCAGGAGCCUGAGCUGGAAUACGCCCUGCUGACUCAGCCAAAGGCCGAAAAUCUGUGAAGCUUGUGAGGUUCAUGCUUAGUCUUUUCGCCGGUGCAUCAGUGCCCUGAAGUAGAAGCUUAUCGAAGCGAAAGCAUGGGUGGGAUAUGGACCAUCAUCGUGUAUUUUGUGAGUAAUUAUGCAUUCCAAAAUUGAAAUUGUACAUUAGGUCAGUUUCAGGGUUCCUUCUUGAAGGAAAGGUGGCUAGUUUUCUUCUCUGACUUUGGCCAAAACCAUAGAAGCUGACAUGACAUGCUAGUAAGAUGAGCAGAGUUUUGUAUGGCAUAUUUUUGCAUUCAUACAAUCCAAAGUUACUCUGAAA